UGAUUUAUUUUUGAUUUUGGCAGAUCUGCUCCUCCAACCACACAGGAGUUCAUCAACAGUUCAGCUCUUCCCACAACAGUGAAUGAAAGAAAGCUGAAAACAUGACUGAUCCAGAACCCUGCGGAAUAAAACUGGAAGAUGCUGAAGAACAAAUAGACUUGAUAGAAGAGAACAAGGAGAUUGAAGAACUGAUUAAAGAGGGGGAGAACCAUCAUGUCAAAACUGAAGAAACACCCUGGAGAUCCUCAUUGACAAGAAGAGACAAAACAUGGCCUGAGUGUGAAAAGAGUCUCUCAUGCAAGCAAAAUCUUGAUAUUCACAUAAAAUGUCAUCUUGAAGGGAAGCUGUACACAUGUGAUCAGUGUGAAAAGACUUUCACAGUAAAAAAAUACCUUACAAAACACAUGAAAAUCCACACUGAAGAUAAGCCGUACACAUGUGAUCAGUGUGGGAAGAGUUUCACACAAAAAGGAUACCUUGAUGCACACCUAAAAACCCACAAUGGAGAGAAGCCGUACACAUGUGAUCAGUGUGGGAAGAGUUUCACACAUAAAGGAUACCUUGAUGCACACCUAAAAACCCACACUGGAGAGAAGCCAUACACAUGUGAUCGGUGUGGGAAGAGUUUCAGACAAAAAGGAGCCCUUAAUGUACACAUGAGGAUCCACACUGGAGAGAAGCCGUACACAUGUAAUCAGUGUGGGAAGAGUUUCAGACUUAAGCAAACUCUUAAAGAACACAUGAUGAUCCACACUGGAGAGAAGCCGUAUGCAUGUGAUCAGUGUGGGAAGAGUUACACACAAAAAGGAGCCCUUAAUGUACACAUGAGGAUCCACACUGGAGAGAAGCCGUACACAUGUGAUCAGUGUGGGAAGAGUUUCAGGAAAUGUGAUGUUUUUAAAAAACAUCUGCUUACUCAUUCUAGAGAGAGACUAGAAAACUGUGACCAAAACAGUAGAACAUUUCUAAAGGACCGUCUGAAAGCUCAUACGAAGGAGAAGCCUUACAUAUGUUAUUUAUGUGGAAAGAGUUUUAGUCAGAUGGUUGCAUUAAAGAUACACCAGAAAAGACACAUCGGUGUGAAGGUUCAUGCUUGCUCUAAGUGUGGGAAGACUUUUUUUACAUAUGGUGCGAUGAAAGUGCACCAGACAGUUCACACUACAGAAACACCUUACAAGUGCUCACACUGUGACAAGAGCUUCAAACGGUCAGACUACCUGAGAAUACAUGAGAGGAUCCACACUGGAGAGAAGCCGUAUGCAUGUGAUCAAUGUGGGAAGAGCUUCAGACUAAAAGAAAUGCUUAAUCGACACAUGGAUAUCCACAAUGGAGAGAAGCCACACACAUGUGAUCAAUGUGGAAAGAAUUUCAGACAAAAAAGGAACCUUAUCAAACACAUGAAAAGACACACUGGAGAGAAGCAACACACAUGUGAUCAGUGCGGGAAGGGUUUCUUAGACAAAGGAAACCUUAAAGACCACAUGAAUAUCCACACUGGAGAAAAGCCAUACUCAUGUGAUCAGUGUGGCAGGAGUUUCGCACAUAAAGGAAACCUUAUCAAACACAUGAAAAGACACACUGGAGAGAAGCCACACACAUGUGAUCAAUGUGGGAAGAGUUUCGCAGAAAAGGCAACCCUUAAUGAACACAUGAGGAUACACACUGGAGAGAAGCCACACACAUGUGAUCAGUGUGGGAGGAGUUUCACACAAAGAGGAACCCUUAUUGCACACAAGAAAACCCACAGUGGAGAGAAGUCAUAUACCUGUGAUCAGUGUGGGAGGAGUUUCACACAAAGAGGAACCCUUAUUGCACACAAGAAAACCCACAGUGGAGAGAAGUCAUAUAUCUGUGAUCAGUGUGGGAGGAGUUUCACACAAAGAGGAAACCUUAUUGCACACAAGAAAUCCCACAGUGGAGAGAAGCCAUAUACAUGUGAUCAGUGUGGGAGGAGUUUCAAACGAAAAGAAAGCCUUCAUGAUCACAUGAGGAUCCACACUGGAGAGAAGCCGUACACAUGUGAUCAGUGUGGGAAGAGUUUCAUACGAAGAGUAACCCUUUACAAACACAAGAAAACCCACACUGGAGUGAAACGGCACCAGACAGUUCACACUACAGAAACACCUUACAAGUGCUCACACUGUGAAAAGAGCUUCAAACGGUCAACACAUCUACAAAUACAUGAGAGGAUCCACACUGGAGAGAAGCUGCACACAUGUGAUCAAUGUGGGAAGAAUUUCAAACGAAAAGAUAAACUUCAUGAUCACAUGAGGAUCCACACUGGAGAGAAGCCAUACACAUGUGAUCAGUGUGGGAGGAGUUUCACACAAAGAGGAAACCUUAUUGCACACAAGAAAACCCACAGUGGAGAGAAGCCAUAUACAUGUGAUCAGUGUGGGAAAAAUUUCAAGCGAAAAGAAAGCCUUCAUGAUCACAUGAGGAUCCACACUGGAGAGAAGCCGUACACAUGUGAUCAGUGUGGGAGGAGUUUCAUACGAAGAGUAACCCUUUACAAACACAAGAAAACCCACAGUGGAGAGAAGUCAUAUACAUGUGAUCAGUGUGGGAGGAGUUUCACACAAAGAGGAAACCUUAUUGCACACAAGAAAACCCACAGUGGAGAGAAGCCAUAUACAUGUGAUCAGUGUGGGAGGAGUUUCAAACGAAAAGAAAGCCUUCAUGAUCACAUGAGGAUCCACACUGGAGAGAAGCCGUACACAUGUGAUCAGUGUGGGAGGAGUUUCAUACGAAGAGUAACUCUUUACAAACACAAGAAAACCCACACUGGAGUGAAACAGCACCAGACAGUUCACACUACAGAAACACCUUACAAGUGCUCACACUGUGAAAAGAGCUUCAAACGGUCAACACAUCUACAAAUACAUGAGAGGAUCCACACUGGAGAGAAGCCGUAUCACUGCCAUUCAUGUGGGAAGAGAUUCACUCAAUUAUAUUCUUUAAUCUGUCACAAAUUACAUGUCUGCAUGUCUGAAAUUACAGUAAGUAGAUGAAGUUCUGAUCCUGUACUUCCAGGUGCUAGGUAGGGCUGCAUCAAGUAAUUAUUUUGCUAAUCGAUUAAUCAGAGAUUAUUAGAAUGAUUAAUCAACUAUUCUUUGAUUAUUUCACAGAUUAACCAGUAUCUUUAUUAAUUAUUUGGCUUGUGGAGUUUGUUAAAAUGUUGAGUUACACCCAUUCUAACUAAUAAAUAAAACAAGGAAAUCACUUCAGUUUUUAAACAUUUAUUUUUAAUAUAGUUUGAGUAAACUGAAUUAUUAUCCUCUUCAGGUUUUCUGUCCUCCUCAGUAGUCAUCAAUACACCAACUUUGCUCAGAACUGAAACACAAAAAUAAAUGGGAAUUUCACAACACAUAGGAGGCUAAAAUAUGAAUCUAUAAACUAUUGUUACUUAGAUCCCCUUGUGAGCACU